AUCGCGCGCGUCGGUCGCCCGCAAUGCUUAACCUAAGCCUCUGAAACAGUGUUUGUGCAACCGCGAAAAUGUCGAAUUACCACCUACUCCUUGCAGCAUUCCUGACCCUCAACUUGGUGAUGGUGUCCUCUCUUCCUAGUCCAACGACGGAGGAGGACGAAGAUGAGGACGACACCACGCCGAGUCGCGCUGACGCGGACGACGACGGACGAGUGUAUAAGAACCCGCGUAACUCGCCCUCCGCGCAGUGUCCGCGCGACGAGGAACAGGCCACGUUGCUGGGUCAAAAGUGCCUCCGGAAGUGUUCUUCGGAUGAGGACUGCAAGAGUAAAAAGAAGAAAUGCCUCUGCGACGGUGCCUGCGGAAUGUCCUGUAUCAAACCUGACCGGGAAUGCCCUGAGUUGGAGCAACCGACAGACAUUGGGACAGUAACUCUCACCGGACGACUGUUCGGGGACAAGGCCAUGUAUUCCUGUCCCCACGGGUAUCACGUGGUCGGUCUUCACAGCAGGAGCUGCCAGGCGGAUGGCAAGUGGGCUGGACAGGCGCCAUCCUGCAAAGAAAACAUAUACUGCCUUCAACCACCGACGAUUGAGCAUGCACGCCACUCUGCACUCCCUGAGCAGGCGACCUUCGACCUGGACGCGACCGUCCAGUACAACUGCCACACUGGCUAUGCAACCAACGGAUUCCCUCGCGCUAAAUGUCUGGCUAUAGAUGGGCAAGCGUCCUGGUAUGGACCAGAUAUAACUUGUGAACCACGUUCCUGUGGUGAGCCGGGUGAUGCUCCACACGGUUGGGUGACAGCUGACUGCCACACCUUCGGCUGCCGAGCGGUGGUGCAAUGUGGGCAGGGCUUCGAGCUGGUCGGCAAGGCUGAACGUUACUGCCAAGCCGACGGUUUCUGGGCACCAAAGGAGUUGCCGACCUGUGUCCUGGUGACGCAGGUGCAGUGUCCACCUCCGGAAGCGCCAAGACACGGGAAAGCGGUGUACACCUCUUGUGCCUACAACUCAGUGGUUUCCUAUGAAUGCAAGUACGGUUACCGCCUCGUGGGUGAUGCGACGAGACGAUGCGGUGCUGACAAGAAAUGGUCUGGAACACAGCCUAUGUGUAAGGAAAUCAACUGUGGACAUCCGGGGCAGCUAUGGAAUGGUUGGCUGGAGAAUAUAUCUUCUGGAACAGGAUUAGGAGCAUCGAUAAUAUUCCGCUGUCAGGAUGGCAUGAAGAUGGAAGGCAAUGGGUCGGCAAUAUGUCAAAGUGAUGGUUCAUGGAGCCAUCCGCUACCUCAAUGCUUAGCUCCAUGUGUGGUGCCUCAUGUGUCUCAAGGAAAAGUUGUCCUUAUGGAGAAUAAAACUGGAGAAAAUGACACUGACACUCAAGAACAUACGCAAAUCGUCGGGAGCUCGUCCAUGGUGCAGCACGGAGAAAUGAUCAUGGUAGAUUGUGAAAAGAAUUAUGAAUUUCCGUCCAAUAUAGUCACUGUAAGUUGCAAUAACGGAACGUGGACUCAAAUUCCAAGAUGUCAGCCUGCCAGGUGCAAGAAAAUGCCUAGAAAUCCUCGUUUCGGUAUGGUUAUAGCGCCAAAAACAGAGCAUGGAAUGAAAGCACGAUUCAGAUGUAGAGAUGGUUAUGAGUUAAGAGGCAAUCCAAUAGUUGUAUGUUCUUUUGGUGUUUGGAGUGGAGAAGCGCCUAAAUGUGACGAAGUUUUCUGUCCAUUUCCCGGCUACAUUGAAAAUGGAAAAGUACUUCUUGUUGGCAAUAUGGGAUUAUACGAUUACCGUCCAUAUGUUAAAAAGGUAGUAAAUAAUAAACAAAUUAUGUAUGAAUGUGAAAAAGGCUAUGUAUUGUCAGAGGGUCCUCCCGGAGCUACUUGUAUUGGAGGGCAUUGGAGUCCAAGAGAACUUCCCAAAUGCACACUUUAUCAACAUCCACGUAUAAGAUGGAGUCGAAGACGGCGAUCCAUUACAGAACCGGAAAUACGACAUAAAAGAUCUGCGUUUCUACGACAAUAUUAUAGCAAACUCAGAAGACAAUCAGAUUUUUCCCAAGAACAAAUAGAUGAAUUAUAUGACAAAUAUAAUCAUGAUAACCAAAAACCAACAUUGAGGCAUGCUAAUUUCAAAUUAAUGAAAAAGUUUGAUGUAGAUUUUGAAGGAGAAGAUGGGGAUUUGAUAGGUUCAGAAAUACCCAGUGGGGAAAAUUUUCCAACUGCUGUAUAUACUGUUUACAAUGUACAUGGAGAACCAAUAGGGCAUAAAUUUUACUCAUACCAACCAGUUUAUGAACCAGAAGAUGAUGAAUUGGUGCACCGAGUUGAUUCUUCUGAAUACGAAGAUUCAGGAGAAAUAGAAAAUGAUUCACAUAUAACAAUAUUAAAAGGUGGGACUUUUCCUGAUCAUGAAAUUGAAAAUGAUAAUGGAAUAUCGGAAAACAUCAACAAAUUGAAACACCAAUAUUUUGAGAGAUACGUUGAUAAAAGGAGAAAAAGAUUUUUAAAUACAAAAAGUAGUGAAGUCAUAAAAAAAGAUGUUGAUAUUGAACUUAAAGCUACCGAUGGUAAUAUACAGAUUACUACGCAACUAGCUGAGAUCAAACCUAGACAUAAACGUAAUAUAAAUUUAGAAGAGUAUGAUACACAAAUAUCUAUUGCAAAUUCUUCACCACAUGCAACAAAAAACGUUGAUCUUAAUAGUGACUACCUAAAAGUUAUACCCUUAUCAACUAGGUCACAAAAUGCAACAGCACGUGAAAUUUUUGAAAAAGAAAUAGCAGUAAUUCCUUUACAAUAUAAUAACACAAAUUCCACUGAAGUUAGCAAUAGGACAGACAAACGUGAAAAGAGGACAAGUAGAAAGACUGAUAGAUUAAAUCAAACUACGGCCACAGUACCAAAGACAGGCCGUGAAGGUAAAGGUGGGCGAAAUCGACAGUCGCAAACAAGUUCUGAAGACGAAGCCGGGCAAAAUGUUGAAGCAGACGGAGGCAACAAAAAUGGAACGGAAAAAGGCAAAAAAGGCAGACCUAAAAGCCCAUGUGAACCCAUAAAUAGUGAACCUUACGUUAAUAUUGAGGUGGUUAAAUAUGGUCGCGACCCUAAUAACACUUUUAGUUCUGGGACCAUUGUAAGGGUAGCUUGUGGAAAAGGCUACGGUCUAAACUUAGAAUUGAAUGCAACAGCGAAAUGCGUACGUGGUAGAUGGAAACCAGAGAAACCUAAUUGCGAAAUUUUACCCUGCCACGUGCCUUCAACUGAAUAUGGGAUAUACACAAUGUCGCCGAACGCGAGUCCAACUGGAAUGAUAUCCGGCCUGACGCAAGGAGACGAGAGGGAACUGAACGAAACGGAUCCGGUGCCGAAUGGACAGGUCGUUCACUUUUCCUGUGAAUAUGGAUACAACGUGCAAGGACCUACGAAUCUGCGUUGCUGGCUCGGCGAAUGGGCUGUGACAAGUAUGCCCGAAUGUGUAGCAGCACCCUGCGAGCUGCCCAUCCUGCACGGCGCAACGUACGAGGCGGGUUACCGCGCCGGCCUCACCGUCGCGCACGCGUCCUCAGUUAACAUCGCCUGCGACACUGGGAGGUCGCCGCCCGCCACCCUCAACUGUCAUCUGGGGAGGCUUCAGCCUACAGUUCUCGAUUUUUGUAGACCGUUAGCAAAUUUAUCGCGACCUCGACCGACAUCUGAAUAUCAAAGUGGCUCAGAUAUAGUGAGAGAAGACAUUUCCGAACUGGAGCCCGACUUUCAAGGGAAAGGAGUCGUGGAAUGCGGAUCUCCUGCUAGGGUGCAAGGAACUCUUAUUUAUCGUGAUGGAUCGGAAGUGAACGAAACGGUAGAAGUGGCUGGCUACCCUCACGGGACUGAAGUGACGUUCAGAUGUAUCGCGUCUUUGAUGGGAGAGAAAACUACAUGGAAGCUUAUCUGUGAACAUGGCAACUGGGUGGGAAAAAGCUUUAGCUGCGAUGAUUUAGAAGCUCAGAGCGAGGAACUGCUCAGCAACAACAGCUGCACUUUUAGAAAUGAGGAGCCUCACGUAGUCUCCUUCUUUAGUGAUCUUGAGAUCACUGAGACAGUAGACUUCCCUCCUGGUUCUGUCAUCGUUUCUAGAUGCAGUGAUAUAGGCAAAUAUGCAAUAUCCGGCUCACAAGUUAGGAAAUGUAGUGGUGGUUCGUGGGAUGGAAUUAAGCCUACUUGUUUCGGGCUGAACCAGGAAAACGAUUAUGCAAUGGAGAAACCACCGACAAUCUUGCUCCGUUAUUCUGACGGGCCUAUUGCGCAAACCAAUGACGGUAAAUUGCUCGUUUACCCUGGCACGACACUGCACAUGGAGUGUCUUUGGAUGAGGAGGUUCGGCAACCCAAAGUGGAAUGUUACACUUCGUGAUCCAGAAUUAGAGAAAAAGUACUCCGAAGGCUGGACAACAGACCCUGGUCGUGAUAGUCAGCUAGAAUACCGGCUGAGCAUCAUAAGCGCGGUGAAAGAAGAUUCUGGAAUCUACCGCUGUGAGACACCAGCUAGACAAAGCCAUCAAAUAGAAAUUAUUGUUGAAGAUGUCCACUGCCCCCCGCUGCCCAUUCGCAGAGGCCUGGUGGCGAGUACACCGGGCACCCAGCUCGGUACAGAAAUCAAGUUCUCCUGCGCAAACGGCAACGCUCUCCUCGGUCCACCCACCCUCGUGUGCAGGGCAUCUGGCAACUGGAGUGCUCCUUUACCAGUUUGUGAAAGUGUGGAAUGUGGUGAAGUAGUUCACGACACAGUCCUCGAAGAAGGAGAGCGUCGUCCGCGAGUAGCAGUGGUGUCUCGAGGAGUGGGUGGACGAGCGGCUUUCUCCUGUCCACCAGGUUGGGCGCUGGAUGGGCCAACGGAGACAGUCUGCUUGCCAGCUGCCGAUUGGGCACGACCUUUUCCCGUCUGCAGAGAAGUAUCAUGUCCAGCUCUGCCUCCACCUGUCUCCGGAUACGUUCUUGGCCGCCCUCCGUACAGAGCUGGUGAUGUUCUGCAGUUCCAUUGUAACCCGGAACACACGCUGCACGGCCGACCCAUACUGGUCUGCCAAGACAGCGGGCGGUGGAGUGACAAACCUCCAACUUGUGCUCAGGCCUGCACGUAUCCGGGUACAACAAUAUCUGGUCGGAUGUCAUCCGUGAAAUUCUAUUACAAAAUUGGCGAGACUGUCACCUUCACCUGCGAACCGGGAUACAGGUUGAAAGGAGCGCCAAUGCUUCGAUGUCUCAAGAAUCGGAAAUGGUCCAAUGCAAUACCACUCUGCACUCCAAUAAGCAAUUACACAUCAUCGGAGUCCCUCGCGAUGUUAAACGGUGACAUCGACGCCAUGUUGUCGGACGCCGCCAUUUUCCCAGCUGACAUCUUGAAAAGGCGCGAAACGCCCGCCAUCUUGUCCCCUGAAAGCCAUAAAGCUGCGGUUACACGAGUGGCCGCGUCGAAAAUGCUGUGGAGAUCGCCCAUAGAGACUUACAAAAAUAGAAUUUAUAGAGUUAAUAGACUAUUGAGACGGGAUACGGAAAGAUAAUUUUACGCGAGAGGCAUAGUGUGGAAAGAAAUUUGAAAUUACACUGAUCUUGUGCCAAAAAUGCAAAAAAAAUUUACUCUCGUAGAAAGCAAAUGUAAUAGUUAUUCAGUACGUAAUUCUACUUAUAUAAUUUUCGUAGUUUUUAUGUACAUACCAGCUUAUUGAAAAUAUAACAGUAUAUUUCGUUAUACUGUUAUAUUUUCAUAACACUGGUAUGGAUUCAUGGUUCAUUCUUAAUUGAAACCUUCAACUGUAUGAAGAAAACAAGGCUUUAUGUAGUCAUGAACACUUUUUAACACCAGUUUUACAGUCCGUCUUAUUUUUUCAUAUUAUUUCAUGCCGUUAAC